GAGUGACAAAGGGUGACAUUCGAAGACGGGUGAUAUUGAUCAGCGCAGCCGAGUCUUUUGAAAUAGCAGCAAGAACUCAACGGUAAAGAAAGGGAGGAAGCAGCCCUUUGAGUAGAUGGAGGUUGGAGCGAAAAAUUUGCGAAUAAUCAGAUUGUGGCUGAAAUUACGGCCGGCGGAAGGAGAUACCCGAUUUGGAAGAAAAUGAUGGGAGUGGUCGGAAGUGCAUAUGGCGGCGAGGAGCAGGUUGACCUUGACUGGCUACCAUGCUCGUCUCUUCCCAAGCAAAUCUCAAAGACCUCCUCGCAAAUCCAAAUCCACCAAGAAUGCAUGACGACAGCUGGCGAAGCCGUCGCAGUCAGUCACAGCGUCCCGCCCUUCGCCUCGACAUUGGCCACCCCACCGUCGUCCCUACCGUUCCCAAGGUUCGCCCUUUACCAGCCCCGCCGCCACCACAGACGGCACUCACGACGACGGCGAGCAUCUUCACUUCAGCAGCAUCGACACCGACGACCGCUGCUUCCUCCGCUUUUUCGCCCGUCCUCCGUCCCCUUCCUCCGCCGCCACUGUUGCCGACCAUCAAGCUGCCCCCAGCGACGCCCACUACGCCCACCAGAACGCGUGUCGCACCUCGCGGUAUGCGUACAAAGCGUUCUCGCUCUGAAAGCAGCAGUGCCCCACGAGCACAGGCAGAACUCGUAUUUGAUCCCAAAGUCGGCUCAUGGGUCGUCGUUCCCAGUCGCCGUCAGACAGAGGUCGCAGUCACUCCUCUCAAUGUGCAGAAGCGUCAGGCAGAGCUCUUGUCGCCAAGAAGUGUCAAGAGUAAAGGCAAAGGCAAAGCGCGUGCCGUUGACCAGAUGGAGUCGCUCUCAGAAAACGAGCCGCAUCCUCUACAGGGUUUGUCUCCUUACACCCGCUCUAUCUCACGAAAGCCCCCUUCGUCCUACAGGCCCUACCCUCAUGCCCUCCCGCCUAUCCCGCCUCCUCCGCUGCCUUCGACGACAGACGCCCCGCCCCCUCUACCCCCAAAACCUACCCCAGAUGUUAUAUACGAGUACGGUGCAGCAGACGAUAUUCCCUCAGAUAGCUCUUCUACCUCUUCCACAGAGAACGAGCUCUACCGUUCUUACGUCGACGAUGGCUUUGAACGUAGCCGGUCUCCCUCUCCCAUCCAAUACGCUCGCCGCAAUUCUAUUGAGGGGCUCUACGAUGAUGAUGAUGACGACGACGACUAUCUCAUUCCCAGCAACAGGCGCAGGGUUGCAGCCCGCAGUGCAAUCCUAGAACCACUUGUCUUCUCCGACAAUCCUUCCCCCGUUGAUCCCUUUGACGACUGGGACAUUGACGACCAACCACGACGAGGCAGACAGUCCGAAAUCGGACAUGGUUCUACUUAUUCUUUCACUUCCUCCACCCAGACCCGCGGCAGAGCUCGUUCUGCAGAGAGCGUCCUUCGUUACGUGGAUAUGGAUAUAUCAUCACCGCCUCAAUUUACCUUUGAAGAGGAGGACACAAGUAGAGGGCGUCAGAGGGACCGUAAGAAGGAUAAGGAUAAGAAGGGCGCGUUUGGCUUGAGAAUAUUUGCUGACUAGAGCAAUGCAUUACAACUAAUUUUAUGCUUGAUACAUACAUACAUACUCAUACCCUCUCCGUACAUAGAUCAACCAACCCCGACACUUCAUUUUUGGCAUUUACAUUGUUCGUCGACACACGCCACCUUCGUCCGGAUGUACUCUACAAAUCAAAAUCAAAACACGAAACACGAAAAAAGUGGGCGGCACAAGGUCUUCGGUGCA